CUCCAGCAUUGAGAUACAAGACACUGGAGAGUCGAGACGUGAGUUUACAGAUUUGAAAUACUAUGUCCGCAAUAGAGCCGGUAGUGUUGGUUCACGGUGGUGCCGGCGACAUUCCUGUCGAACGGGUAGAAGGAAAACUUGUGGGAGUGAAAUUGGCAGCUAAAGUGGGUUUUGCCAAGCUCAAGGAAACCAGUUGCGUUAUGGAUGCUGUCGAGGAAGCCGUCCGAAGUAUGGAGCUGGAUCCGUAUUUUAAUGCUGGAUAUGGAUCAGUUCUGACUACGGCGGGGAACGUCGAGAUGGAAGCCAGCAUCAUGAAUGGAGCAACGUUACGGGCCGGGUGUUGUUCGUUGGUCAAGGAUAUCAUGCACCCGAUUAGUUUGGCGAGACGGAUGAUGAAGACUCCGCAUAAUUUUCUUGCGGGGGAUGGUGUGAUGGAGUUUGCUGCUGAUGAGGGAUUUGAGAUUAUGAAGCCUCCGGGACAGUUGGUAACCGAUUAUGCACGAGAGGCUCUGGAAGAAUGGAAAGAAGGUCAACACAGAGGUGAAAUACAAUUUGCUCGAACAGAAAUCGGGUCUGCCAAUAAGUACAACAAAUCAGAAGUUGGAACAGUGGGAGCCGUUGCCAUCGAUAGCAGUGGGAAUAUAGCAGUAGCGACUUCCACGGGGGGUAUCACGGGAAAGCUUCCGGGUAGAGUUGGUGAUACGCCUCUGGUUGGAGCGGGUACAUAUUCAGACAAUAGCGUCGGAGGUGUUUCCACCACAGGUCACGGUGAAACCAUAAUGAAAUAUUGCUUAGCUCAUGAUAUUCUAAAGAGAAUAGAAUUUCUCGGUGAGGAUGCUCAAACAGCAACGGAAAAUUCCUGUAAAGCAAUGACUGAUAGACUGACGGGAACUGCCGGUGCCAUAACGAUUGACUCAAAGGGGCAGGUAGGAGUUUCGUUCACCUCAAAGCGCAUGGCAUGGGCGUAUAUCAAGGGCACAAAGCUUAAAUACGGUAUCGAGAAAAACCAGCACCACGAAGAAACUGUACAAGAGUAACAAAGAGACGGAACAAACUUACCGCUGAUCCAGGCGGUGGUAUUUAUGUGUGCUUGUUAGUCUGUAUUUGAAGUGUUCAAACUGCCUUUCGAGGUUUCGAUUCAUUUUCGGAUGCUUUGCAUUCAAUCAAAUACACAAAUACAAAAUUAUUUGAACAUACAA